CUGUUUUGUUUUCAGCUCGUAUUUGUCCUCCGAGAUUUGUCCUGGCUUGUGCCGAUUCGCUUGCUAAUCUCUCGGCACGGGCGGGCCUAGGCCGACAGCCGCGGUGAUUGCCGACUCAUGUUACGCCGCAGACUAGAGUGCGACGAUCGCUCCUAACCGCGAUAACCUACCCUGGGCUUUGUUGUUGGGGCUGGCUCCAUUCCUGGCUCAUUCAAAUUCGGUCCUCUUGCACUCGAUGUUGUCACUCUAUUGUCGAAUUCUGUUCAGUUUGCGUUCUGAAUCUUGGCACUCAUUUCUCUUGUCUAUUGUUCUCAAAUUUUGACCCUUAGGCGUUCAAGGUGAAAAGAGUCUCCACUCAUUGUAAUGAUGUUAAUCGUUAGAUCUGGGCCUAGUGUGGAUGGGUUCGAAUGACAUGUUACUACAACCAGACUCCGAGCACAUGUUCACACAGCAAGCUGAUGGGACGUACUACAAUGAUUCCUCACAGUCCUUGCAGUCUUUGGAGGAUAUGAGACCACAACUUGGCAUGGAAAACUUCAUUGGUCUUGAUGAGUAUGAAUCGUUUGCUGGUGAAGAAGGGACCAAGGUGGCAUCUCCAGCUCAGGCCUCGCAGCAAGGAAACACCAAGAAGAUUCGUCCGGUAAAGCACCCUGGCCUGAAGCUAAAAACCCCUAUAGCAUACCAACGUGACACUGAUCCCAGUGUGAUUCCUAUUCAGAAAGAUGGGAUGGCUGUCUGUCAAAACUGUGGUGCUAUUGGAGUGAAGCAUGCCUUCUACACCAAAGAGAGGCGAUUUUGUAGCCUUGCUUGCUCUAGAGGAGAAAAUGCAGCGCCACUGAAAGAAAAUGUUGAGAUAAAGCAGGAACCAGUGAGCAACCAAGUGCAGCAAGUUGUUCAGUCUCCCAUCCCUCAGCAAGUUCAGCAGGUUCAGCAAGUUCAACCGGUCCAGCUACAGCAAUUGCAAAUGCAACCGCAAAUGCAACCACAAAUGCAAAUUCAGCAGCAAAUGCAAGUGCUGAUGCCUCAGAUGCAAAUGCCUGGCCAGAUCCCAGGCCAAAUGCCAGGCCAAAUCCCUCAGCAGAUUCAAGGCAUACCUCCCCAGAUGUUGGCCAAUGGUUUGCAGCCGCAAGUUCCUUUGCAAAUGCAGCCGAUGCAGGCUCAAAUGCAGCAAAUGCAGCAAUUGCCGCUCGGGAUAUCGCAAAUGGACCCACAGUUGCAGCUUUCGAUGCAAAUGCAGCCCCAGGUGGACAUGUCUCACCUGCAGAUGAACAUGCCAAUGGCAGCACAGAUGCAGGUGAUGCAGGCACAGAUGGAGGUUGUUCCUCAGGUACCCAUGCAGUGUGAGACCAUGCAGGGACAGCAAGAGGAUGAUGGUCAGAUGGAGCAGAAGACUUGGAAUAGUUCGGACUCUAAAAGUGAAGAUUCGUUGUCAUCAAGUACUCCAGCUAGACCUUACCCUGCCUUUUCUCCCUUGCCUCCAUUGCAAUUGGAUGAGCCUAUUUUCCCGCCUGACAAAAAAAGCUGUCCUGAUUUGGCAGGAACCUUUGAGUGGGAUUCUUCUCUUAAUGAUCCUGCAUUCGUAGCAGCACCUGUGUCCUGCUUUCAGCAUGCACCAAUGGCUGAUAACUGGGACAACAUAACAGUGGGAAUGAAAGUGGAGGUACAAAAUACAGACUGUGACAACUUCUCAGAGGACUUCCCUGACUCCUUUUGGGUGGCCACUGUACUGAAAAUUCAAGGUUACAAAGCUUUAUUACGCUAUGAAGGAUUUGGCCAAAAUAGCAGUAAAGAUUUCUGGGUGAAUUUGUGUUCUUCAAUUGUUCAUCAUGUUGGAUGGUGCGCUAUUCGUGGUCGUCCUCUUAUCCCACCCAAAACUGUUGAACAUAAAUAUACUGACUGGAAAGAUUUCUUGGUCAAGCGUCUCACAGGUGCUCGCACCCUUCCAUCAACAUUUUAUAACAAAGUACAUGAAAGCCUGAAGUCAAGGUUUAGGUGUGGUCUUAAUGUUGAAGUUGUGGACAAGAACAGAAUAUCUCAAGUCAAAGUAGCAACCAUUGAGAAAAUAAUCGGAAAGAGAAUACAUGUCAGAUACUAUGAAACAGAUGAUGAUGACAAUGGGUUCUGGUGUCAUGAAGAUUCAAGCCUUAUGCAUCCUGUUGGCUGGGCUCACAGAGUGGGCCAUGAAAUUGAUGCUCCACCAGAAUAUUUAGAUAGGUGUUUAUCUGGGGUGUGGGAUGAAGAUGAUGCUACUGAGAACUUGUUCCCCCUUCAAAUGCGACAGAAGCAACAAUUCAACCAAAUAGUUUCACAACUAGCUACAAAUAAGCAGACCGGUUUUGUUGAAGGAAUGAAAGUUGAAGCAAUAGACCCUUUAAACUUGUCAUCAAUCUGUGUGGCCACCGUCAUGAAGGUACUGAAUGAAGGCUAUCUGAUGAUUCGAAUUGAAACCUAUGAUGCUGAUAUAAAUUGCUCUGACUGGUUUUGCUAUCAUCAAACAUCAGCAUGCAUUUUUGCACCUGGUUUCUGUGAAGCAAACAAUAUCACUUUGACUCCACCCAAGGGGUUUGAAAUUGGAGCCUUCAACUGGAAUGCUUAUCUUCAAGAAACUCAGUCUUUGGCUGCUCCUUCGUUUUUGUUCAAACAGUGGGAGGUACCUAAUCAUGGAUUUUGCCAAGAUAUGCACCUUGAAGCAACAGACAUCAUGGACCCUAGACUUGUGUGUGUGGCAACAAUAUCUCGCGUUGUUGGGCGUCUUCUUAGGGUCCAUUUUAAUGGUUGGGAGGUUGAAUAUGACCAAUGGUUGGACUGCAGUAGCCCAGAUCUAUAUCCUGUUGGUUGGUGUCAACUUGUGUCACACAAGCUGGAAGGACCCAGAGUAAUAUCACCUCCUAAAGUCAAUCCCAAUGCAGGACGGACACAGCGUGGAGUUCGUGGAAGGCGAGGUCGUAGAGCCAUGCCCAAGCGGCGUCCGGGUAUGAAAAAGAGUCCUGGUGGUACUUUAACAGCUGUGCAGGUCCCUGCCAUGGGUGAUGCAGCAGUUCCCAUGUUAAUGCAAGUUGACUCCCUUUCAGACACGGGCAGUGAUCAAGGUAUGUCUCAUGAGGGAUUCUGUGAUCCCCUAUCAGUGGAAAUGGAAGAUAAACACCAAAUACUUUCCUCCAAUGCAGUUGUCUCAGGUUCCAAAGUGAUUCCUCGCCUUGUGGAUAACAGUAGUGCUUCACUUGGAGAUCUUAAUCCCAAUGAUUGGGAUGUUGAUGAUGUUGCUCACUUUUUGAAAGUAAACGAUUGUGCAGCCUAUUGUGACAAUUUCGCCAGAAAGAAUAUAAAUGGUAAAGCUUUGCUCAAUCUCACCAAAGAAGAGGUCAUGGGUUUGUCUGGAAUGAAAGUGGGGCCUUCCCUGAAAAUAUCUGAUCUAAUCCAGCAGCUGCGUAUUAAGGUUAACCCUGCCCAGGAGCGAGCCAAAGCAGGCUACAAGAAACUUCUCUAGGAUCAAUUUGCCGGGGUGAGAAGUUCUAUCCUUACCCCGGCUGUCCUCAAGCUGCUCUUGCAUAAUACAGCCCUGUUAAACAGGCAUUUUUAUUUAUUGAUGACAGUUCUGAGAAUUUUGAAGUGAAUUGGUCAAGAGACAUGGUUUCCCUUUGCCUUCACCAUUUCAUGGUGUACUGUUUCAAAAAGUGUGUUUUAAACUUUUUGAAUGUAGUGUGUAGCAGAAUUUCAAAUGGUUUUACAUGUGAGGAGUUAUCAUGGCCAUACUCUGAUAAUUAAAUUGGUCUCUGACUCUUUAAAUCCUGGUGGUCAUUGUGUAAUCAGCAUUUUUUUUCUCUUAUUUUGGUUGAAAAAAAAGUGAAAAAUGUAUAUUUUUACUACCGAUUUGUUGAGUACUCUAUAGUUUGAUAACUUAUGAAUGCUAAGUUUAGUUGUUGCACUUAGUCAUGUACUUCUAAAGUCAUAAUAUGCUAUCUGCUACCUUAAAUUGUGCUGUGAGGUAAAUCUCCUACUAAGCUACAUCUCUCUUUUCCUAAAGCAAAGGCUUCUUAGCUACUGUAAAAUUAUUUUCUAUAGGUUUUAUGAGUGGAAGUUGUCAAGCAACACAAUCACGGUUACGUGUACACCUUCUAUGAUUUUGGAAGUAUGUUUAGUGGUUGGAUUAAAUGCCGUUUUUAUUUUUCCUGUCAUUGAAACCCAAGUUAGCUUUAGUCCAUCCCAACUGAGCUGUCAUUUGUUUGGUUGAUGAGGCAUAUCAUUUGUGUUUUGCAGUGUGAAGUUAGUGUCUGUGUUGAAUCUGCCAAAGCAACUCCCUAUUUUGUUGAAUCACGUAGGACUGUUCAUCUUUGAAGUAGCUGUUGAAUUUAUUUAUCUUUUUAUAGGCUAAUGACCAUCUCAGGGGUAUCUGUCGCCUUUUUGAUAAUAAUGCAUUAUUAAUGUUUGUAUAUUACUCAUUACCGUCUGUACAUAAUUUCAUAUUCAUGCAACUGAAAGCAAUCACCAUAAGACUUCUUUUUUAAUCGCCUUAUUAGAUUUUGUUUACAUUCAGUCACUGAUAUUUAUUGUUAUUUAAGGACAUCCACAUGUCGUUUGUUGAGGAAUUUCAGGGCAAUUAUAAUAGAAAUAUCAUUCUGUUUUGUGUUGUUGCAUAAAGUAGGUUCAAUCCAAAUAUGUGGAGGGAAGUUGUUGGCAUGCCUGUAAAUGUAUGCAUAGCUCUAAUCUCUAAUGUAGGCAUUCCUUGGCUGUGAAUUAAGUGAAUAUGACUUGAUUAUUUUCUUACUCGCUGUCCUUUCAGCAACACUGUAAUUUUGUAAAAUGUAUUUUACCAAUUUCAUUCAAUUAUUUGGAAAUGAAAUUCCAAGCCAAAUUGACACUUUUUCUUUUUGUUAGUGUUGCAGCAUAGUUUUAUUACAUGAGACUAGGAUACCUGCAAGUCACUCUAUCAUUUAAAAAAAAAAUAUGUUUUUACUGAAUAAGUGUACACCAGCCUUAUCAACUCCUCCCUUGUAAUUUUUUUUCAACUGCUGAUGCAAUCGCUGGUUGCAGGUGCACUGACUUGUUUUUCUGUAUGAUCUUGGAAACGUGUGGUCCUUAGUGUUUGGUAUACCUGUAUUUUUACAGUGUCUCCAAGGAUUAUUGUACCCUAUGUAAAUAUUUAUUUUUUAUUUCUAUUGUGCUUAAGAUUAAUCAACUUGAUCUUGCACUAGGGUCUUUUUUUGUUUCAACUCAUAAAUCAUGGUUAAUCGUAGAAGAAUGGUAGUUUUUAUGUGUGAUUACAGUAUAGUUUUUUAAAAAAAUAUUUUCAUGCGGCCAUUUUUUUUCUACUUUUUUUGAGAUUUCUUGUCUCUGAUCCCCAGAGUGAUCAUGAAUUUCAGCCCUUGUGCAAGUUCCCAGCUUAGUUCCCUGAGCAAUGUUGCUGAUUGCGAUGCUUUGUCAAAGAUGGCAUAAGAACUGUCUUUGCUGUUAUUCAUUGUUGUCAUUGUAUCCCUACACUGUUGGGAGAACUACUUACCUGGUAGAUUGCUGAUGAGGUGCAGAGGUCUUCAAAAUCAUGUGUGGUCUGUAUCUGCUCUAAGCAUUGUUUCUGGAGCAAUCUCUCUUUGCUCUGUUAGCAAAAUCUUACAAUCUACACAGAAUUAAGACUGCAGUCAGGAACCAAGUAACUAUUAUACCCUUAUUUAAAAUUAAAUAAAGUGAAAUCCCUGUGGUCA